GGCACUGUUCGAUAUAUGCGCUCCAGCCCUGUAACCUAGCGUUGUUUGUUUGCCAUUUCUGUGAAAUCUGAAAUUUAUUGCUUAAUCCGCGUUUUAAACUCUAUUGUGCAGCCAGAGCCGAAAACCCCUCCACUUGAAACUUCACUUGAGAAUAUGUCCGCUAAGCGCAAGGCAGGUGGCAAUGGAGCUGGUCCCAACAAGAGGCGUCCCAAGAAGAAGGAGUCGGACUACGAGGAUGAAUUCAGCGAUGACUCCGAUGAUGAUGCCGCCCAUCGGCAGGCGGCCGCCAACCAAAUGGAGGUGCUCAUACCGAACGAUGAUCUAGAUCCGCCUAGCAAGCUGCCUGAGGACUUGCUCUCCACUCUGGAGAAGACGCCAGGACAGUUGCUGCUGGCCGGCAUGGUUACCUGGGAUCUGACCGGCAAACGUGAUCGCAAAAAUGUCACAAAAGUGCGCCCCAACUUGUACAGCUUUCAUCGGUUUACAGAGGAGAAGUAUCGGUAUGUUGCCAGUGGUCCGAGUGCAGCCCACACCAUACUCAUCAAUAUGGAUCGCAAGGCUCUCGGCUUUGGCCGAAAUCCCAGCGGACAAUUGGGCUUCAGUCCGGACGUAAAGCUGGUGGAGAAACCCACAAUCAUUCCGGCCUUGGAGCAAUUGAACAUUGUCCAGGCCUCUGUGGGACGCCAUCAUACACUCUUCCUGACCGACACAGGAACCGUGUACGCUCUUGGCGAGAACAAGUCGGGGCAGUGCGGUGUGGGCAAUGCCCAUGCCAAUAUCUACUCCCCCACUCCGAUCAACUAUCGGGGUCCACCCAUCAUUCGCAUAGGUUGUGGCGCCGAGUUUUCGGUCAUCUUGGAUAUCAAGGGAAACUUGCAUACAUUCGGUCUGCCGGAGUACGGACAGUUGGGUCACAAUACGGAUGCCAAGUACUUUGUAAAUGCCAACAAGCUGUCAUUUCACUUCGAGACAUCGCCCAAGAAGGUAGUCUUGUACAUUGAGAAGAGCAAGGAGGGCCAUGUUACGCCCGUGGAUGGCGUGCAGAUCGUUGACUUUGCCUGCGGCAACAAUCACACGGUGGCCAUCGACUCGAAGAAACGUGUCUAUAGCUGGGGCUUUGGCGGAUUCGGUCGCCUGGGCCAUGCCGAGCCCAAGGAUGAGAUGGUACCGCGCUUGAUGAAGUUCUAUGAUACGCAGGGUCGGGGUGGGCGCAGCGUCUUUUGUGGCUCCACAUUCAGCUUGAUUGUCAACGAGCUGGGUCUGCUCUAUCUCUUUGGCCAAAACAAGAAGACGGGCGAGGCCAACAUGUAUCCGAAGCCCGUACAAGACUUGUCCGGCUGGAACAUCACCGAUCUUGGCUGUGCCAAUACAUCUAUCAUGAUUUCGGCUGACGACACAUUGAUUGCCUGGGGAGCUUCGCCCACAUUUGGGGAGCUGGGCAUUGGAGAGUUCCAGAAGUCCUCGACGGUGCCCAAGGAGGUGCCGAAGAUGGACGGCAUUAAAAUACCUCAAGUGACUAUGGGCUACUCGCACACCGCCCUGCUGGUGGAUACCACACACGAGGCCACCAAGCAGAAGUACGAAAAGCUGCCCGAGUACACCAUCGACGAUUAGAAGCUGCCAGAGAGGGCAGUAUUCCCAAAAGCAAUACACUGCUACUGAUAAGUAUACCGCUGCCAACAACAAAUACUGCUCCACAUAGGUUACCACGAAAUACUACGAGAAACCCUGAGAACUGAUCAUCGAAACACUGCUGCUACUUACUGAAAAAAAAAAAAAAAA